UAAGGUCAAAUAAUUUAUAACAAAUGAUGCAUGUAUCCAAAAUACAGCAGACAAAUCCCAAGUCAAGUGUCAUAGGCAAACCUUGUGAAAUUUGAUGACCAGUAAGAUGAGAUAUAUUGGACACAAACCUGGUCCAUAUAUCAUAUAUGCACAUGAAGUAAUUGAAAAUCAAUGUAAUGGUAAUUUGUGUGGCAUAUGUAAAAAGAGAACCCAAAAGCUUCUUGAGCUUCACAAGAUAUGUGAUGUGUCCGAAAAGAAAUGCAUGAAAGGGAAGGAUUGUUUCAGCUUCGGAACCAACUGUUCAGCUAUGGCUCAAUUAUCCGAUUCAUUUAAAAGUAGUAAUUCAUUUCAAACUCCACCCUCAACCUACAAAAGUCCUCAAGCUGAGGUCGCUAAAGUAGAAGAACUUUUACCAGCUGAUGGCGCAAUGCAUCAGUCUCCCUUAACUUCUGGAAAACAUAAUGACUAUGAUGGUGGUGAUCCUGCGCCCAACAGAAAGUCGUCAGUGCUUAACAAAUUUAGGGACAAGGCUAAGAAGCUGAAGAGCACAUUGAGCAGCAAGAGAAUCAGGCAGAGCAAUAUUGACAGCGAAUAUGAUCAUGAAACGGAGAGCAAGAAUGGAAUUGACAAUGAGGAUGAUGAUGAUAAGACUAUCCGCUCUAUGGAAGUUAACUUGGAUGAAGAUGAAAUUGAUGAAGAUCCUGAAUACCUCGGAGCUCCAAUUUAUGAAUCAGUACAAGCACCUCAAGAAUGUAAAGAAUAUGUGAAACAGCAUCCGCGAGAAGUUACUGCGUCAGCUGACAAGCAUAUCAUUGAAAGCUGUGCCAAAAAUGCAGCCAGGAAAGCUAGUGAGCCAGCUCUCAAGACAGUGACAGAAACAGUGUCAGAGAAGCUGGUACCGGCCUAUAAUGCAGUGUCGACUGCAACUCAGGCAAUUACUUCCAAGAUCUCCAGCUUGACUGUUGAAACCACGGGUUUAACAAACAAGACUAGUGAUGGUAGUUCUGGAGAUGCGAGUUCUGAGAGUAGAGGACAGAUACGAAACAGUGGUCCACCUAUGUAUGAUAAAGGCGUUUCUGUCAAGGAGUAUUUGAUGCAGAAACUUGAGCCUGGAGAAGAUGAAAAAGCUCUUUCUCAGGUUAUUACAGAUGCGAUUAGUCCAAAGGGAUCUGAACAAGUUGGAGUGGUGGGGAUGGUGAAAGAUGCUGUAACUUCCUAUCUUCAACCUUCCUCUGAUUCAGCAACAAAGGCUGCAGAGUCCUUGGGAAAAACUAACGUCUCUAAAGAUCAGAACGUAUUGUCAAACAAGGCCUCUAACGUCUCUACAGAUCAGAACUCAUCAUCAAACAAGGCCUCUAACGUCUCUACAGAUCAGAAGACAUCAUCAAACAAGGCCUUUACUGCCUCCAAAACUUUUAACACGAGGCAUGAUCCUGCCUACAAGGCCUCAGAGCAAAAUGCCCCUGCUGCUGACACCAAAUCGUAUUCAUUGUCAGAAAGUUCAGUCGAUGCCAACAAGUUGAAGUCGAAAUCAUGCAAUGCUACUGCAAAUUUAAAAUUAUCAGCAUUUAUCCCCAUCUCUACCAACUCUGAGGAAGGUAACAAAGCAGAAAACCAUGGAAAAGUACUCCAAACCAACUGAAGUAGUGACAUAGCUCACCUCUACGGAACUUUUAGUGUGCAGAUAUAGUGUUUUAAAGUUAUAACUAAUAGGGAAAGUUUAAUAUUCCUCCCUCCCUCAAAAUGGGAUCGACAGGGUGUGUAUAGCUAA